AUGAGCCUCAAUGUCCCAGGACUGGUGUCGAUGGUGUUCUUCUACCUGCUGGUGCUUGGCACCGGCAUCUGGGCCUCCAUAAAGUCCAAGCGGAUGAGGAAGAGCAGCCAGGCAGACCAGACGGAGGUCAGUCUGCUGGGCAACAGAGGGAUCAGCCUUGCAGUGGGAGUCUUCACCAUGACAGCUACAUGGGUUGGAGGGGGCUUCAUCGUUGGUGUGACAGAGAUGGUGUACAAUCCAACCAUGGGACUGACCUGGGCUGUUGUGCCAUUAGGAGGCACUUUGUCUUUAGUGGCUGGUGGGCUCUUCUUCGCCAAGAGAAUGAGAGACAGAAAAUAUGUGACGAUGAUGGACCCCUUCCAGAUCAAGUAUGGAAAUCUGAUAAGUGGAGUUCUGUCUGUGGCGCUGCUGAUAUCUGACAUGCUCUGGGUUACAGCCACUCUUAUUGGUUUAGGUGCAACUAUGAGUGUGAUCCUGGAUCUGCCCUACACUCUUUGUAUUUGGAUCUCUGCUGCUGUAGCCAUCGUCUACACGCUGAUGGGAGGCCUCUACUCUGUGGCCUACACAGAUGUCAUACAGCUGACCCUCAUAUUCGUUAGUUUGUGGUUAUGUGUCCCCUUCAUCCUGAUGUACCCUCAUUCAGCUGACAUCACCAAGACUGCUUUCAACUUCACCUACCAGGCCCCCUGGAUUGGGUCAGUGGAUGGAGACACAGUGUGGAGGUGGAUUGAUAAUUUCUUGUUAUUGUCUCUAGGAAAUCUGGGAUAUCAGACCUUCUACCAGAGGAUUCUGUCAGCCUCCUCGGCAUUCACAGCCAGGAUCACCUGCUUCAUUGCAGCUCCCCUCCUCCUCGUAUUCGGAAUCCCAUCUGUCCUGAUUGGAGCCGUUGCAGCAUCAACAGAUUGGAACUUGACCGCGUAUGGAUCCCCGUCCCCGUACGAGCGAGGUGAAGCCAGUCAGAUUCUGCCCAUUGCUCUGCAGCACUUCGCACCAAACUACGUCUCCAUCAUCGGUAUCGGAGCAAUAGCUGCUGCGGUGAUGUCAUCUACGGACUCUGCUUUAUUGUCCUCCGCCUCCAUCUUCACAUCCAACAUCUAUAAGAACAUCCUGAGGACCGAGGCAUCAGAUGGAGAGCUCCAGUGGGUGAUCCGAGUCACCGUGGUGUUGGUGGGCUUGGCUGGCACAUCACUCACCUUCUUACAGAACAGCAUCAUGGUUUUAUGGAUCCUGGGCUCAGACAUAACCUACACCAUCAUGUUCCCUCAACUCGUCUGCGUCCUCUUCUGUAACAUCUCCAAUGGCUACGGCUCCAUCAUGGGCUUGUUGGCUGGACUGCUGAUGAGAGUGCUGAGUGGAGAGCCAUCGAUAGGGUUGCCAGUCAUUCUCCACUUCCCAGGUUGCACACUUGAGGAUGGUGUAUAUGUCCAGCGCUCUCCUGUGAGGACAAUCUGCAUGUUGUCCAACCUGGUUGCCACUUUGAUGUUCUCCUACCUGGCUUCACUGCUCUUCAAUAAAGGAGUGAUUCCUGAGAGGUGGGACGUAUAUAAAGUGAAAAGCCAAAAACCGACAUCCAACUCAGUAUCAUUAAGAGACAAGGAGAAACCUGAAGUUCAGAAUGACACUGAAGCCAUGUUGAUCACAAAUCUGCAAGGCUGAAAGAGAAAUGGUUCAGUGAGAUGUCUCGUGGGGAGCUACGUUAUCAUGUCUCUGUUUUUAUGUGCUGUGUGCAGUACAUUAUUGACAUUUCCUGACAUUUAACACCAAUCAAUUGAUCCUUUAUUUGACCAAAUACUUUAACAGAUUAACAGACAACUAAAAUAUAACCAUUAGGUGCAGCCCUGGUAGGAAUGAGGUUCCGUCAGUGUGACCAAUCACAUCCUGAAUGACAGAUAAUUAUUCACUGAUCCAAAUUUUUACAAUAUGCUCUCAGUUUGCUUCAAUAGUUCUCUAAAAACAUUAACUGCACAUUGUAAGUAGUAUUGUAUUGUAUGUAAGUAAGUAAGUAAGUAAGUAGUAAGUAAGUAAGUAAGUAAGUAGUAUGUAGUUCCAGUCAAAUUGUCUGUACACCGCUCUAAAUGAAUGUGCCAGCUGGCAUAUCAGCCUGUCUCUGCCUUAUCCUCUGAACACCAUAGGAUGGUGACUUUAACACACAAGCUGCAGAAAGUACACCUCUUACAUCCCAUUCCCUGUUCAACGCUCUACUUCAGGCUACGUUACACACAGCUGAUCAUUUGUUUGUGAAAAUCUUGAUAUUGAUUUGGGGACAAUGCAUGGGCUUGCUAGUCUUGUUGUUAAAGAUACAGUCAAAUUAAAUGUACGGUUUGUCAAUGCAAUGUUAUUGACUUUGAAUCUUCCUAGCAUAGCGUUAGCUUUCUGGCUCAUCACUGAGCGGACUAGAAUAUCUCCUGUUGUCUCCGUAGCAUAAGAACCUUUUGGGAGGGUAAUGUUUGUUCCAGGUAUUAGUCAUACCCUCAGGAAACUAAGUUAUGGCUUGUGAAAAACUUUAUAUUUUGAUUGUAAAAUGCAUGAAAAUAUAAAGUAAUGGUCUUAAUAUCUUUUCUUUGCAAGUGACCAUGGUAGAAGCGGGAUAAUGCCCUUCGAGGUGUCCAUAUUCAGGAAUUAAUGGACUUCGUGGAGGCAACCGUCUGAUGUUAUUUCACACUUUUUUGUUUACCACAUAAUUACAUAUGUGUUUAUUCAUUGAUGCCUUCAGUAAGAAUCUACAAUGUAAAUAGCCAUGAAAAUAAAGAAAAAAACAUUAAAUGAGAAGGUGUGUCCAAAAUUUUGACUGGUGGUGUAUAAGGAAAAAAAUGGUAAAAACUAAAUCAAACUUUCAAAAAGGAGAUAUACAGGUUCCCAGGUUGCCUCGAG